CUUCCACUCAUAACUACGUCUACUUUAAAACUACUUAAUUAUGUCAGGUGGAUAUACAGAUAUGCCGUUGCUGGAUGAACUAUCCACAAACGAGGCACCGUACAAUGACCUUAUAGAAGACGAAUCAAGCAUGAUUGAUUCAUUACAUAUGGAGGAAGGAGGCGAGAUCCUUUCAUACCCGAUGCAGCUAACGCAGCUUCCAGAGUCUCGUGGAUCAGAUUUAAAAAGUGCUUUUUUUAACAUGACAAACUCGAUUGUGGGGGCGGGUAUAGUUGGUAUUCCCAAAGCCUUCCUGAAUUCGGGUUUGUUUGCUGGCGCAUUGUUAAUGAUUACUUUGACAUGUUUGAAUGAUUGGACACUUCGGUUGAUCAUUGUUAACACCAAAUUAUCAGGAACGAAGUCUUAUACAGGCUUUGUUACUCACUCUUACGGUACUAUAGGAAAAAUUAUAGUUCUUUUAUCUCAGGGAUUGUUUGCAUUAGGCGGUAGCAUAGGUUUCACAAUUAUUAUUGGAGAUUCGAUACCGCAUGUUCUCAGGACGUUGUUUGCAAGCUCUAUUGAAAAUUCAUCCUUUCUCGACUUUCUGCUCUCCCGAAAUGUGAUCAUUGCUGUUUGUCUAUGUUGUAUUUGCUUCCCGCUAUGCCUAAUUGCAGAUAUAUCCAAGCUUGCAAAAGCAAGUGGUUUGGCACUGGUAAGCAUGGUUGUCAUAAUAACAAUAGUCAUAUUCAGAGGCCCAAGUGUAGACGUUUCUUUCAAAGGUUCAAUAUCAGGAUGGGACUAUUUAAUUAAUGGUGGCUUAUUUCAAGGAAUAAGUGUUAUAUCUUUCGCUCUGGUGUGUCAUCACAACACUACAUUUAUCUAUGACUCCAUCAAAAUUCCCACUUUAGACAGGUUCAACAGGGUGACACAUAUCUCAUGCGCAAUAUCCGGUUUUGUAUGUGGCUUGAUGGGAAUAUGCGGGUUUUUGACCUUUGGAGAUAGAACAAAAGGUAAUAUUCUAAACAAUUUCCCAAGUGACGACUGGAUUAUCAACAUUGCACGGCUUUGUUUCGGUCUGAACAUGAUCACAACUUUACCCUUAGAAGUUUAUGUUAUCAGAGAAGUACUAAAAGAUCUGUUCAUCAUAUACAACCGUCUGAAAACCCCGACUUUUGAUCUGGAGAAAUUUAACCGCUUACAAAACUUAGCAGUAACUGCCAUAAUCUUGGUAAUACCUCUUUCGGUAUCAAUGGUUACUUGCAACUUAGGAGCUGUUUUAGAGCUUGUUGGGGCUACUUCAGGAUCGACAUUAGCCUAUAUUCUACCCCCGUUAUGCCAUAAUAAAAUGACUAGUGAAAAUAAAACAUUGAAACAACAAGCACCGUAUUAUGCUUGCAUAAUUUUUGGCAUUGCAGUUAUGGUCCUCUCCUCUUCGCAGACGAUAAUAGAAAGCUUGAAAGAAAGCCCCGAUGCUGGUCAUUGUGUGGAAUAAUUUCGCUUGUGUACAAUUAUACAUCUU